UUUUUUUUUUCUUUUCUUUUCUUCCCCCCAUACCUUUCACUUUUUCUGUUUUAUUCACAUAGAUUUAUUUGUACUUUUAUGACAACGGUAUUACUUCCAAAGCAACAUUUUGGUAUCAACAACAAUAUGGAAGAAACCGAGAUACCCACAGCUUCCAUUAAUUCAGAUGACCACAUACGCCAUUCCGAUGAAACUUUUGAUGAUGUUGAACAACCCAUGUUACCAUCAACUUCUUUUUCACCGAGUAAUAUUAUUCUUGGUAACUCAUUGAUUUUGAAAAUCCUUUAUUUGACUUUAUCUUUGGCUGGGUUACAAUUUACCUGGAGUGUGGAAAUGGCAUAUGGAACACCUUAUCUACUUUCACUUGGCUUAUCAAAAUCACACAUGUCAUUAGUCUGGAUAGCUGGACCUCUAUCUGGUUUAGUGAUGCAACCAAUUGUUGGUGCUUUUUCUGACAAAUGUACAUCAAAAUGGGGUCGACGUAGACCAUUUCUAUUGAUUGGAAGUAUUAUGGUGGUGAUUAGCUUGGUGGUCAUUGGUUGGACAAGGGAAAUCACAGAAUUUUUUGUUAGUAGUGAUGAAAUAGCCUCGUUCAAGAAACUGUCUAUUGGUAUUGCUAUCACGGCUAUCUAUAUUUUGGAUUUUAGUAUCAAUUGUGUGCAAGCAUCUUGUCGUGCUUUGAUAGUUGAUUCUUUACCACCAUCUCAACAAGAAAAAGGAACUGCAUGGGCUGGACGGAUGGUUGGUUUGGGCAAUGUUAUUGGAUAUUUCAUGGGUUAUGUUGAUUUGGUCAAGAUAUUUCCUUUCUUUGGAAAUACACAACUCAAGGUUUUAUGCGUGUUUGCGUCUAUUGUACUACUUUUAUGUGAUGCUAUCACUUGUUAUACUGUAAAAGAGAAGGUGUUAUCCAAGGAACAAGAAUUGGAGGGUAAAAUAUCACAUUUCAAGACAUUUACGGAUAUUGCUUCCAACCUUUGGUAUUUACCUUUGACUGUUCGACGAAUCUGUAAUGUACAAUUCUUUGCUUGGAUUGGAUGGUUUCCUUUUUUAUUUUACUCUACCACAUGGGUUGCGGAAAUCUAUGACAGGACAGCCUUACAACAUCAACCAUCAAAUGAAAAUGGGUCAGUAGACACAGUGGGUCAAGCAACGCGAGCAGGUUCUUUAGCAUUUUUGGUAUAUUCCAUGGUAUCACUCUCUGCAUCCUUUUUUAUACCUCUUUUGGUGACGUCUUCUUAUAACAACGACGAUGAUGGAACUAGUCAUGGAUUUACAGUUAGGGGAAAACACUUUACAAUCUCACCAUCCAAAUAUAUACGUUAUUUACAAUGCGUUUCACUUCCUCGAAUGUGGACAAUUAGUCAUUUUAUAUUUUGUUUCGCCAUGUUCAGUACGGUUCUUGUAUCAGAUGUGGUUGCGGCGUCUCUUGUUAUUGGAAUAUGUGGUAUCAGCUGGGCAGUGACCAUGUGGGCUCCUUUCUCACUAUUGGGUGAAUAUAUAGCGCAAUGCGAACAAAUGCAACAACAAGAUAACAAUCAACAACAUAGAAACGAUCAUCAAUACAAUCCACUUGGGAUGCAACAACAGGAAGAAGCUUGGGCAUCAAGGAUCAAUUUGGCUACUGGUAGCGCUGGAAUGGGAUUAUCUGGUAAUCUCUAUCACUUGGUGGAAGAAGGGAAUCCUUUGUUGGACCGGGAUGACUACAUACCUCUACAACCUUAUAACAAGCACGAUGAAGAUGGGGAUCGUUUGAAUAUACCACGACAAGAAGGUCAGGAAAAUCAUGUUUUAUCUAUAGGAAUACCGUCAGCAUCAUUAUCUUCAUCGUCAUCCUCAACUUCAUCUUUAUCUUCACUCUCUCACCAUCAACAAUCAACACAAAAUGACUUAUCAACCAUUCCAUCAGCUGGGAUUAUAUUGGGCAUCCAUAACAUGUAUAUAGUGUUACCACAAUUUCUAGUGACAUUUUUUAGUAGUUUGUUAUUCCACUUUUUGGAGAAAAAACCGACCGACAUUGGUGAUGGUGUUCCUUCUGAUACGAUAGGUGUAGUCUUACGAUUUGGUGCUGUGAUGGCUGCUAUAGCGGGAUUCCUUAGUUUAAAGUUGGGUAGAUCAAAAUAGUAUAUGGGUAUUAUUAUCUUUUUGAAAUAAAUCAAUUGUAUACUACGUGGUUGAGUA